CCGUGAUUUGUAAAUACUGAAAGAAAAGACUGAUUCCCAUUAACCUUUGACCAUUCAAAUCUCAUUUUAUCUAAUUAUCAAAGAAUAGAGAGCUUCAUUUGUGAUUUUUUGCUGUAGAAAUUUUAUUCUCUAGCCAGCAAAUUUUUUAGGCUCUCCGAAUCUGAUUUAUCCGCUAGGUAAAACAAUCAUGUCACUAAUUGCUAUCAGAAAUUUGUGUCUGCGACAGAGUUCAGCAUGUUUCUCUCCAUCGAGGAAAAUGUCUUCUGCUCUCACUUCGUUACCAUCGACGCAUCAGAUGUUGCAGAAAACCUGCAGGGACUUUGCAGAAGGCGAACUGAAGCCGAUAGCUGCCAAACUGGACCGAGAACACCUGUUUCCGAAAGAACAGGUCGACAAGAUGGGGAAGUUGGGUCUGAUGGCGAUCGAUGUGCCUGAGGAGCUGGGCGGCUCUGGCCUCGACUAUUUGGCCUACUCAGUGGCAAUGGAGGAAAUUUCGCGAGGGUGUGCCUCUGCUGGGGUCAUAAUGAGCGUCAACAACUCUCUGUACUUGGGACCAAUAAACAAAUUCGGAAAUGCCAAGCAAAAGGAGCAGUUUGUCACGCCUUUCACUGAUGGCAGCAGAGUUGGUUGCUUCGCGCUCAGUGAGCCAGGCAACGGAAGUGAUGCUGGGGCUGCCUCCACGACUGCCAAAGACAAGGGCGGACAGUGGGUGCUGAAUGGAACAAAGUCUUGGAUUACAAACGGAUACGAGUCUGAGGCGACUGUGGUAUUCGCCACCACAGACAAGGCCAAGAAACACAAGGGAAUCAGUGCUUUCUUGGUUCCGAAGCCAAUUGAAGGCCUUGCUCUUGGCAAAAAGGAAGACAAAUUGGGCAUCAGGGCCUCUUCGACCUGCAAUCUGGUCUUCGAAGACUGCCAGAUUCCUAAGGAGAACAUUUUGGGAGAGCCUGGAAUGGGAUUCAAGAUUGCCAUGAUGACUUUAGAUGCUGGAAGGAUCGGCAUUGCUUCCCAGGCCCUUGGCAUCGCUCAGGCUUCUCUCGACUGCGCAGUUGAUUACGCCUCCAAGAGAAUCGCUUUUGGUGCUCCCAUUACAAAACUUCAGAGCAUUCAGAACAAAUUGGCUGAAAUGGCUCUGCGAAUUGAGUCGGCCAGACUCCUGACCUGGCGAGCGGCAGCCCUAAAGGACGAGGGCAAGAACUACACCAAGGCGGCCGCCAUGGCCAAAUUGGCGGCGUCUGAGGCUGCGACUUAUGCGUCCCACCAGUGCAUCCAAGUUUUGGGCGGCAUGGGUUACGUGUCUGACAUGCCUGCUGAGAGACACUACAGGGACGCCAGGAUUACUGAAAUCUAUGAGGGCACCUCUGAGAUACAGAGACUUGUCAUUGCUGGCAAUCUGCUCAAGGAGUAUGGAUUGUAAUUCUGUAAAUGUCUAAUGAAAUAAAUUUUUUGUGCUUUGUUUGAUUUUCCAA